AUGACCGACGCCGAGCGCAAGAUCCAGCGGCUGACCAGGCAGCUUGGCGCUUCUAACGCCGGUAAUCUCAAGCUCCGGAUCAAAGUCAAGGUUCUAGAGGCCAAGGUCAACAGGCUUUCUUUGCUGUCCCUGCCCUCCCAACCCACCCAAAGAUGUGAGGAGUUGGCGCGAGCCCUGAUGUUGAAGUCUCAGGCGCUUGAGUUGGCCAUGUCUCUGCUCGAAAAGGAGCGAGCACACGCCGACUGUCUCGCGGCCCGGGCUUCUAGCCUUGCAACUCUAUACCAGGCGGGACCACCGGACCCUCAAGACGCGCUACUUGACCAAUUGCUGGCGGAAAUCGCUGGAGAAGCCGAGAAAGGCCGGACAACGGAGGGCGAAUCAGCCGAGGCGGCGUCGAAGCAAUUGCAAGAAGCGGAGGAGGUGCAAGAGGGUUUGGCAAGCACGAGAGCCCCGAACAGAUAG